AUGCAACAUCCACUACAGCCGCAUGACACCCCCGAUGCAACGCUUGCAUUCCAACCGCUACCAUUACCACUGCACCCAGCUGCUUCUCCUCUAGCACACUUGACCCGUCCCGACGUCACGCAUACCAUUGUUUCCGGAGUUACCGACAGAGCUGAGCUCAUCGAACGUAUCAAGGCAGGCGAAACACCGACAUGGGUUCCAAACAGAAACCUCUCCGACCGUUACUAUCCCAAUCACACGCCGAGCAGCUCCCCGCGUCCGACAGAUGAACAUCCCGACAGACCGCAAUCCGCCCUGCAUCAGGGCAUAUUCACGAACGAAGCUAGAAGCUCGCAAUUCUCGCUCGGGUCACCCCCGGUAGCCGCAAACCCAUUUCGCAGCUAUGAGCUCACCGGCCGCACGACUCUACCCCCGCCUCCCCUACACACGGCGUUCCCGCGGCGCGAGGUCCCUCCGCCGGGUCAACGUCAUAUCAGAACGCCAUCGCUGUCGUCGAACUUCGUGUUGACGACACCCACAUCGCCGCUCGUGCACUCGUCGAACCCUGACACUGAUGGCAGCAGCGAUGAGUCGGCACGACCGAUCGAUAUCGGCUUCUCGGAACGUAGGGCCCGCCGCAAAUCACUGCCUCCGUCGGCGCUCUCAACUCUCCAGUUUUCGCCGACGAAAGCAUCUUUUGUUCGAAGUCAGACGUUCGGUGCCGGCAUGCCAGCCCACUCGGCCCAGUGGGACGGAUCAUCGCUAUCGCCCAAGUCGCGUCGGCUGUCGGGGAUGGGCGGCACGCCUUCGGAGCUACCUUUUGGGUCCUUCGUGGGCUCAUACGAAGAAUCCAUACUGAAUGGACGCAUGUCCACGACGCCUUCGAAACCGCUCAAUUUCGUGGCACAGAUUGGUGUGCUGGGACUCGGGAAAUGCAAGCAGUCGUUGAGGUGUCCAGCACACGUAACACUGCCGUUCCCCGCCUACUUCUACUCGGUUGGUGAUUAUGACUCACCGUCACCUUACGUCGGAUCGCUCGAUCUCGAUUCCGCUCUCGGCGCCCAGUCCGGCAAGGGCAAGAAACCCCCGCCAGGUGUCGGUGGCUCCUACCGCAUACCGCAGCGCGGACAGCUGCAGAUUGUCAUAAAGAAUCCCCACAAAACCGCGGUCAAGCUCUUCCUGGUCCCCUAUGAUCUCCGCGACAUGGAGCCGGGGACCAAGACAUUCAUCAGACAGAAGUCCUAUUCGGUCGGGGGGAUGGGCGGCGAUUCUCCAGUGAACGCGACAAUGGCACUGGCCCGUGGUAAAGAACGGGACUCACUGCGCUAUCUAAUUCACAUGCAUAUCGUCUGCCCCUCGCGCGGUAGAUACUACAUAUUCAAGUCCAUCCGCGUGGUCUUUGCAAACCGUGUGCCGGACGGCAAAGAGCGGCUUCGCAACGAGACGCUCUGGCCCGAGCCAAAGUUCUCAACAUGGAGAGCCGAGGCGCCGAGUUCUGCGAUCACUCCCACGGCAAAGGGCAGGCAGAGGAGUGCAAGUUUGUUUGGCAUGACGAGGGGCGGCGGCGAUGCGCCACCGUCUUUGCCUCUGUCCAUGAUGUCGUCGCCACCAGAUUAUUGCGCCGGAAACGGCCAGAUGGACGUGGACGAGCGUGACGCCGGUAGUGAUACCAGCAGCACCAGGAGCACAUACGAGAAACUGGACCUGUCAGCUUCGACGAAGGUUCCAGGCCAGGGCCAGGGCCAUGGACUGCUGGCAAGGAAGUUGAAGCUGCUCGAGGUCCAGAAGGCGGCCGAUCGUGAGGUAGUCUAG